CGUACUCAGAAAGGAGUAGCCGCGCUCGCUCCCUCGCUUUUCUCGUGUGCUUCUCUUCACUGCCGCUCUCAGAAAUUGAACCGGAAGAUGGAUACAUCGAAUCCUGCAGUCUUUGUCAAUGCAGAACUGUUGCAGUUCCAUGUUGGAAGAAGGGUUCGUGCAGUAAUGCAGGUUGUGAGAUCUGAUGGUGCAGUUGUUAUUGGAAAAUCAACUGAUGACAAGCAGCUUGUUGUGAAAGGAUCACCACCACCUGCUCCUCUCACAACUUUUGUUGAAGUUAUUGGUAUUGUUGACAGUGAUAAGUCCAUUCGCGCCGAGAUGUGGACCAAUUUUGGUGAUUCAAUUGAUAUGGUCAGCUACCAGAAGCUUUGUCAGCUUGCAAAUGGUGAAUUUAAGCACUUGUUCCUGUGAGUUAUAACAAGCUUAUCAGAUGAUACAAAGUUCAAUCUACUCAUAUGGAAAACUAGAGGAGACAUGGUCAUUGUUUUAGCAACAAUGUAUGAACAUUCAUUUGUUUUGUUUUCUCUUUGGUAAAUAACUUUUACUGAUUAUAAUUGAAGUCUAGAGUGUUUUUGUUUUCUUUUGCCACGCAUAAUAGAUCAUAUUCUGAUUUUCGCAA